AUGAAGUUAUCCAUUUUUGAAAUUCUAUUGUUUUGCUUAUUAUUCUUCAAUGGCCUUCAUCACUGCCUAGCUAUAAAACGAUACCGCUUUGAGUUGAAAGAAGAAAAACACACAAAGCUAUGCAAUACGAAGAACAUCUUGAUAGUAAAUGGACAGUUUCCAGGACCAACGAUACAUGUUCACAAAGGAGAAACAAUUAUUGUCGAUGUCAUUAACAGUGGCAACUACAAUGUCACUAUCCAUUGGCACGGAGUUGCAAUGGAGAGAAAUCCAUGGGGUGAUGGGCCAGAGUACAUAACACAAUGUCCAAUUCCGCCGGGAGGCAAGUUUAGCCAGAAAGUAAUAUUUACAGUAGAAGACGGUACUCUUUGGUGGCAUGCUCAUAGUAAUUGGACAAGAGCUACGGUUUAUGGAGCAAUUAUUGUCCACCCUAAGCACGGAACCAACUAUCCCUUCCCCAAACCUCAUGCUGAAGUUCCAAUCAUCUUAGGCGAAUGGUGGAAGAUGGAUAUACAAACACUCUAUUAUUCAUUUCUCCAAAAAGGAGGAGAUCCAAAUGUUUCUGAUGCUUACUUAAUCAACGGUCAUCCUGGUGAUUCAUACCCCUGCUCUAAACGAGAUAUGUUCAAUCUAAGGGUGGAUCAAGGAAAAACUUAUCUACUUCGAAUUAUCAAUUCAGUGACGCAAAACAUCAUGUUCUUCGGAGUAGCUAACCAUAAUCUAACAGUCGUUGGAUCCGAUGGUAGCUAUACAAAACCAUUUACAAGCGAUUAUGUCACUAUAUCUCCUGGUCAAACCAUAGAUGUGCUCCUUGAGGCCAACCAGAACCCGAACCAAUACUAUAUGGCUGCUAAGGCUUAUGAACGCACACCAAAUGUACCAUUUCCGAGAAACAUAACCACCGGCAUCAUCCACUAUAAUGGAAAAUACGAUACAAAAAAUACAACUCCAUUGCCAAAUCUACCAGUCCACAAUGAUACGGAUGCAUCCGUAAGUUUUACAAACUCGCUCAAGAGUUUAGCGAGUAAGGAUCAUCCUGUCAACGUCCCCUUAGACAUUACCACAGAGUUAUUUUAUACGUUGUCCAUCAAUACUUUCCCGUGUGAGAUUGGAAAUACAUGUGAAGGACCGGGAAAUACCCGUCUUGCUGCUACUGUUAACAAUGUAACAUUUGAAAAUCCAACCGUGGACUUACUUGAAGCAUAUUAUCAUAUGAUUAAUGGACAAUUCCAAACAAAUUUUCCAAAUAAUCCGCCCUUGAAAUUCAAUUACACGGCACCUAACCUUCCAUCAGAGUUCCGAAGUUCAGAGCGUGGUACAAAGGUGAAGGUAUUGGAAUAUAAUUCGACAGUGGAGCUUGUGUUCCAAGGGACGAAUAUACUCGGAGGAGGUGAUCAUCCUAUGCAUCUUCAUGGUUAUAGUUUUUACGUUGUUGGGUCGGGUUUAGGCAAUUUUAACAAGGAAAAGGAUCCUUUGAACUAUAACCUUGUUGAUCCACCUUACCAGAACACAAUUGCAGUUCCUUAUAACGGAUGGACUGCAAUCAGAUUUAGAGCCGAUAAUCCAGGUGUUUGGUUCAUGCAUUGUCACUUGGAUCGACACGCUUCAUGGGGAAUGGAGAUGGCGUUCAUCGUCAAGAAUGGUAAAACACCCGAAUCGCAUAUGUUGCCUCCACCACCAGACAUGCCUCGGUGUUGAACGUAACAGGACAAACAUGCAUUCAUUUAAAAGCUUCAAUUAUAUUCAUUUAAAUUUUGAAGGCGAGAUUGUUUUGUUUUGGGAUUUAUUCUUUCUUUUCAUUUAUAUAUCGAAGUUUUCAUUAUAUUUUACUCAACAUAAUAUGAGUAA